AAAACCAACUAGAAAAAACCAUUAAGGAAUUCCAAGAAAAAGAAAAAAACCAGUCUACUUUGGUCAAUCUUUUACCCCUAGCAGUUGAAGUAGCAGUUAUACCAAGUGUAAGGGUUGCGGGGGAACUGAAACAUUACAUCAUUCGUAUAGCACCUAUUACGAAAGAAUUAGAGGAACAAAUUAUCAAAGUCAAAAAAAACGGACAAGAACUUACCGAUGAAGGAAAAAAAUACUUAGCAGAAUUAAAGAAAUUAGUUUCUGGGGGAAGCAGUGGUGGUGGUGGUAGUAGCAAUGCCCCAAAUAGCAACGGAGUUCUUCCAAGUAAUCCAUUCCCUACUGCCUCCAAUCAAAGCCCACUAAAAGCAGCCGAAAACAGAAAGAAGGAAUUGAAAGUUGUUAUAGCCAACUUGGAGGCUACUUCUGAUAAAACUCCGUCCCAAGAAACCCAAUUAACUAAUAAAAAGCAGGAAUUAAAAGACAUUGAAGAACUGGAAAUAAUUAUCAAAUACUUUUUAGAAAAUAGCAUUAAACGAAUAAUCAUUGAGGAUGAAAAAUUGAUAAUUGAAUACAGCAAUGGGACUAAAAAGACUGUUGAGGUUGCUACUAAUCAAUUAAAAAUUAUUCGGGAUAGGAUGAGAAAGGUUAAUAAAAAUUCCCUUUCGGCUUUGGAAUUAGAAAUUGAUUAUGCUAGUAAUCCCUCUAACCAAAAGGAAAAUAAAGGAACUAAUUAUACCCCUUGGAUAGUUGGAGGAAGUAUUAUCGGAGGAAUAGCCCUAGUGGGAGGAAUUAUUUUCUUGCUAACUAGCGGUAGAAAGAAAAUUAGAAAGUUAUAA